AUGAAGGUAUACUACUCAACUCUAGUUAGCGUGGCUGUCGCGAAUAUCCAAGCACCGGACCACGUCGGCGCUACCGGCGCAAGCAAGAUGUGGCAACUCCCUCGGAGUUUCCGCAACCAACUUGGGUGGACACGGCGAUAUGGCCGACAGGACGCCAGUGAAAUCCGACUCUGGGGAAAGGCAGCGGUCAUCGGCGAAAGGGAUCCGGCAAUGCGGGGUCGAAGCCGUGUGCCUGCCGAUCAUCCCAUUGUUGAGGGUACCGCCAAAAUGGAGCCAAAAGUAGUACCUUACCAGAAGACGAUAGAUAGCUUGCCGUCGCCAAAGGCAAGUACAGGGCUAUCCAAGGAGAUCACUUCUCAGCAGUCAAAGGGACGGCUCCCGAUACUUGUCGUUCUCGACGACGAUCCGACAGGCACACAGACAUGCCACGACAUCAACGUGCUGACAGUUUGGGACCGCGAUGUCCUUGUCGAGGAGUUUCAAUCGACGAACAGCGGGUUUUUCAUUUUGACCAAUUCUCGAGCUCUGCAUCCUGAAGAUGCGAGGACCCUGAUCGAGAACAUAUGUCGAGCAGUCAAGGAAGCAGCAUCCAUUGCUGGCAAGGAUUUUGAACUUGUUCUGAGAGGCGACUCGACGCUUCGUGGUCACUUUCCUUUGGAACCUGAAGUCGCAGAGACCGUGGUCGGGAGAGUUGACGGUUGGAUCUUGGCGCCUUUCUUUCGUCAGGGUGGUCGUCUUACGAUCAAUGAUAUUCAUUACAUUGCUGAUCCAGAGGGCAAUCUCGUCCCUGCUGCACAAACACCCUUUGCCCAAGAUGCGACUUUCGGCUACAAAAGCUCUAAUUUGAGAGAUUAUGUCGUUGAGAAGUCGAAAGGGGCUAUUCCCGCUGGGCAAGUCCAGUCCAUCUCGAUCGAGGAUGUUCGGACCGGCGGUCCAGAGGCUGUCGCUGAAAAACUGCUCGGGUUUAGUGGCAAAUGUGUCGUCGUUGUCAAUGCUGUAACGGACAGUGAUAUGGAGAUUUUCGUCCAAGGGCUCUUGAAGGCAAGAGAAGCCGGCAAGCGCUACAUUUACAGGACAGGCGCCGCAUUCGUGUCGACCAGACUGGGAAUCGAGCAAAUACCUCCUCUUACAGCAUCAGACCUGAAGAUGGAUCUUUCUGCUUCGAGUCCCGGCGGUCUCAUUAUCGCGGGCUCAUAUGUGCCAAAGACAACCGCUCAACUAGAUUCUUUGGUAAGUGGUCGCAGCACUAAGCUCGAAGUCAUCGUCCUCGAAGUCGACGAGCUCCUCAAGGGACAGACUGAAGCAGAGCAAAUCGUGCUCGAUGCAGCCGAUCGAGCCGGGCAAUUGAUUGUCGAUGGUAAAGAUGUCUUGAUCAUGACCAGCAGGAAGAUCAUCACUGGUGCAGACGAGAGAUCGAGUCUGAAUAUCGGCACGGUGGUGGCGAAUGCUUUGGUCCUAUUCCUGCGAAAGCUGAAUCCCCGCCCUCGUUAUAUCAUUGCAAAGGGAGGAAUCACGUCUUCAGACGCCGCAACAAAAGGUCUACGGAUGAAAAUCGCAAAGAUUGUGGGACAGGCUGCCUCGGGCGUGCCUUUAUGGAGAUGCGGCGAACCCACAUCGAAGUUUUCUGGCAUUCCCUACGUAGUCUUUCCUGGCAAUGUUGGAGAGAAAGAGACGCUCCGAGACCUAGUCGCCAGCUGGGCCAAAGUCGACGAAACUCAGUGA